AUGAACAAGGUCAUAUUCUCGCUUGCGGAGAACUACUGGGACGUGGACAAAGGGAUACAAACCCUAGCCGACUUGGCGCUCAUCUCUAUCUCUGGGGAAGGAGAGAUUAUGUUGCACUGUUUGGUACUAUCAGUUAUGUCUUCGGAGAUUAUGAUCUGCGGAAUGACUACUCCGGCUUUUUAUUAA